UAGUAAUCAAAUCAAAUAAAUAAACAUUUCAUCUUCUUGGAUUCAUUGCAAAACAGUCUGUCAAGUUGAGGUUGUGCAAUGUGCAGUAAUGAACAAACAACCAAACCAAGUUUAAGAACUUAAAGAUUGCAUUUAUUGCCUCCACCUUAAUUGGCUUUUCUACUUUCAUUUACUUCUUCUUCUUCUUCUCUUGAUCCAAAGUUUUCCUCUACACUACCUAUAGAUCUGUCUUUGUUCCUAGAAAAAUGAUAACUUUCAGUGAGUUUCUGUUUCUCUAAAGGCAAAACACAUCUUCACUAUGCAGAUUUCUCUUCAAAUCCAUUUAUCUUCCUUCACUUUUCUUCUUCUUAUUUUCCUUCUUCCAGUACUCUCUGAGUCUCAGGUAGCUUCAAGUGAAUCACAAACUCUUCUUGAAAUCCAGAAGCAACUACAAUAUCCACAGGUUCUUCAAUCAUGGACUGAUACAACCAACUUCUGUCACAUUCGUCCGUCUCCUUCCUUGAGAAUCAUCUGCCUCCAUGGUCACGUAACAGAGUUAACCGUCACCGGGAACAGAACUAGUAAGCUCUCUGGAAGUUUUCAUAAACUCUUCACUCUUCUUACACAACUAUCGAGCUUAAAGACUUUGUCUCUUACUUCUCUCGGAAUUUCUGGUUCUCUUUCUCCUAAGAUCAUCACUAAGCUAUCACCGUCUCUUGAGUCUCUCAAUCUUAGCUCUAAUUUCAUCUCUGGGAAGAUUCCAGAAGAGAUUGUGUCUUUGAAGAAUCUGAAAAGCCUUGUUUUAAGAGACAAUAUGUUCUGGGGUUUUGUCUCUGAUGAUCUCAGAGGAUUAUCAAAUCUUCAAGAGCUGGAUUUGGGAGGUAAUAAACUCGGUCCUGAAGUUCCUUCACUCCCAAGUAAGCUCACCACUGUUUCAUUGAAGAACAACUCCUUUAGAUCCAAGAUUCCAGAACAGAUCAAGAAGCUGAAUAACCUUCAAAGUUUAGACCUUUCUUCCAACGAAUUCACCGGGUCGAUUCCAGAGUUUCUGUUUUCGAUUCCUUCUCUUCAAAUUCUCAGUUUGGAUCAGAAUCUGUUAAGCGGGUCACUUCCAAAUUCUUCUUGCACCUCCUCAAAGAUUAUAACUUUAGACGUGUCUCACAAUCUUUUAACUGGAAAGCUUCCUUCUUGCUACUCUUCAAAGAGUUUCAGUAAUCAGACAGUGCUUUUCUCAUUCAACUGCUUGUCUUUGAUUGGCACUCCUAACGCGAAGUAUCAGCGUCCGCUUUCUUUCUGUCAAAACCAAGCAAGCAAGGCAAUAGCUGUGGAACCUAUCCCCAAGGCUAAAGAUAAAGAUUCUGCAAGAAUCAAACUCGGGUUAGUGAUUUUGAUAAUCAUCGGUGUGAUCAUCCUUGCAGCAAUUUUGGUUCUGUUGGUUUUGAUUGCCCUCAAAAGAAGAAGAUCAAGAUCAGAAGAUGAUCCUUUUGAAGUGAACAACAGCAACAAUGAGAGACAUGCCUCUGAUAAAGUCUCUGUUUGCAGCACCACAACUGCCAGCUCUAAGUCAUUACCAGAUUCAAGACGUGUACCACAGACAAUGAGAUCUGCAGUGAUUGGUUUGCCACCGUACCGCGUUUUCUCCUUGGAGGAACUGGAAGAAGCGACUAACGACUUUGAUGCAGCUAGCCUGUUCUGCGAACAGCUGUAUAGAGGUUGUCUAAGAGAAGGCAUACCAGUGACAGUGCGAGUUAUCAAGCUGAAGCAGAAGAGCUUGCCACAAAGCUUAGCUCAACAGAUGGAAGUUUUAUCAAAGCUAAGGCAUAUGCAUUUGGUUAGCGUUCUUGGACACUCCAUUGCCAGUAACCAAGACCACAAUCAACACGCUGGACACACCAUCUUCAUUGUUCAAGAAUACAUCUCUAGUGGAUCAUUGCGGGACUUUCUCACAAACUGUAGGAAGAAAGAGGUACUGAAAUGGCCUCAGAGAAUGGCGAUAGCAAUAGGAGUCGCUCGAGGGAUACAGUUCUUGCAUAUGGGAGUAGCACCAGGAAUCUUUGGGAACAAUUUGAAGAUAGAGAACAUCAUGCUUGAUGAAACACUCACAGUAAAAAUCAGUGGCUAUACUAUUCCUUUACCAUCCAAGGUUGGAGAAGAGAGGCCUCAAGCCAAAAAACCUCGGAGGUUGUUGUUGUUUCUUAAGAUAUGAUCAAAUGUGUUCUCUUCUAUCAAAUUUUGAAACUUGUUAAUGAAUAAUGUGCAGUAAUGAAGAUAGAGAGAAAGAAGAUGUGUACCAGUUUGGAGUGAUACUACUACAAAUCAUCACAGGGAAAGUAGUUGCUGCAGGAUCUUCAGAGAUGGGAAGUUUGAAGCUUCAGCUGGAGAACGGUUUGAGAGAUGAACCAUCAGUAUUGAGCAGCUUAGCAGAUCCAUCUGUUAAAGGAUCAUAUGCUUAUGAGUCGUUGAGGACGACAGUAGAGUUUGCUAUCAACUGUCUUUGCGAAGAUCAGAGCAAGCGUCCUUCCAUAGAAGACGUUGUGUGGAAUCUACAGUAUACAAUUCAAGUGCAGCAAGGAUGGAGACCAAGCAGUGGGAAUCAUGAAUCAUCCAUGAAAGCAAUAUAUGAAUGAAAUGAUCAUAAAGAGAGGCAAAAACUGUAGAAACAAUAAUAAGUUUCAAACAAGUCAAGAUGUAGUUUCAUGGACUACCUGAAAUAUCUUUUAUUAGCUAACUUAGUAAUCUGUGAAUAAAAAGCAAAAGGAGUUGAAAAACACACAAAGACAUGUAAGAGAGUGUGUCCAGCUUUGCUCGACAACAUUGCAGACUCUUCUGUUGUAUUCGCGCUUGCUUUCGCUGAACAUUCGUG